AUGGUUAAAACAAGAGGUUGUGGUCCUGCACGACAUAGUCCACCCACGGCAUUGGCUAGUAUAGCGCGUGAAGGUGCUCAUGUUGAUCGUCAACCACCACAGCAUCCAGUGCAACAACCUUAUUCAAGAUUAGUGAAGAGGCCAAGGAGCAAGAGAAGACAUGGUCGCAAAGGUCCCUACUCCACGACUACCAUUAAAAAGCUCUCACGAGACUUGUUGGUUGAGGUUGUGGCAACAGUGGCGUCACACUCCUUCACCGAUCUUCACAACAUCAAAUUAUGUUGCAAAGAUUUUCUUGAUGCUACAGAAGAUAGCUACGUAUUGCGAAAAGUUUCUUUAGACACGUUCCCAUUAAUCCAGUGGCGUCCCAAUGGCAAAACAACAUCGUUUUUGAACCGUUGUAGGGAAUGUGGAAACAUGGAGAGCUUAUACAGAGAAGGUCUGCGAAAAUAUUUUGAUUAUCCAAAUGGAAAGAUUGACGGUCUUGAGAUAUUGAAGGUAGCUGCUGAAAAUGGUCACAACGAAGCAAAAUAUGUGUAUGGUAUGAUUUCAUUAUGCUCUAAAGAUGAUGAGUCAAGAAAACAAGGACUUGAUUAUAUGCGUUUUCUGAGGAAGUCCAAGUGUGUUGUAGGGUCUAGAAAUAAAGUGAAACAAUUAUCGAACUUUAUGUGGAAAAAUAAUGGAAUGUUGAAGCGCAUUGAGAGUCCUCUGUGUAACUCCAAGAGCACAUGCAAAGGAUGGAGAGUGAAGAGAGAUAGAUGGGUAUUACUAGAAGAUGAUGAUGGGGAUGAGGAUAUUAGUUUAUGUGAACAUUGUAGAUGGGAUCAUGAGUUAGAAUUGUUUUACCGAUUUUUCAAUGUUCCCUAG